CUGCACAGCGACGUAAAUGCAUACAUCUUUUUCAACUCUGGACAUUACGACCAAAUUAUAAGAUAAAAUGCAAAAAUCUUUUGGCUAUCCCUCCAUGCAGCCCCUGCUCUUCCUGUAAAGAGACUUGUGCCCCUACCAAAGGAGCUGAUGUUUCUGAUGCCGGAACCAUCCGCCCCAACACCAACAGAGACCAACAUCACUGUUCCAGUGGCUCCUGAGAUUUCUGCAGAGCCCUGUCAACCGACACUGCAUCCACCAGCUGCACCAACACAAAGUCAGCCAUUACCCAGGCCAUCAACGGUCCCCAGCUGUCCUCCUCCUCCUCCUCCUCCUCCUCCUCCUCCUCCUCCUCCUCAGCUUCCUGCCUACAACCAGGAUGUCAGUCAGUGGAACUGUUCGCCUCAGCAGAGGACCUGGAUGAAGACGGAGCUGGAAUCCAUGGGGCUCUGGCCAGGCUCCGUUCCUGUACGCAACCCUCUGAAGAUGGUGUCAUUGUGGCGUCGCCCUCCCCAGCCAGAGCUGAUUGACAGUGUUGAUGAUCUUCCCUGCGCCAAGUAUUUUCAGCUCCAUCCCUUUUUCAUCUGGAAGCCAGAAAAUGACAAUUUGAUGGGACGGCUGAGGAACAACUACACUCUGCCGUGUAUUGACGGCUGUGCUCAGCCUCAAAUUGCCUCUGCUGGUGUUGGUAGGCCUCGUGUGAUUGUCGGCAUCACCGGACAGUACUACUUGCUGUCUUCAAGGCUCUGCUGCAAAGUCUGCCGGAAGAGGUGGUAUGCCGACAACCCAUCCUGGCUGGAAAAGCUCCCCAAGAGGUUCACCAACCUGCUGCCAGCAGUACUGACUUACAAGAAAGCCAUCUGUAAGUCGGUACUGGACGAGCUCAGGCGCACCGGUAAGUCACCCACUGAUAUGGCAAAGCAGAUCACGGAGAUGAUGCACCUGAAAUAUGAACGGGCUGACCUGGCGUACCUCCUCAGCUGUAAGAACAUCAUGGAUGGUGAGGAAGGAAAGUACGACCAGAAGACAAUUACCCAGUUCCUUCUGCAAUUGAGUAUGGGGACUCUGAUGGCUGGAACGGGAUCUCUGUGUCUGCACACUACCUGACAGACUGCCUCCUGUGUGUCUGUUAAUGCCAAAUUGUCAUCCUUUCUGUUGUUUAUAAUAAAGAUGUUUUCUUGAUUCAUA